AUGGCUGAUGUGGUCAGACUAUGCUCCAAUUCUCAUAAGUUAUCUUCUUCGUUGUUUUCUUUAUCUUCGUCUCUGAGCUCUUGCCAGCGGCCCCCACCUCUCGGAGGUUCGGUUUCCUUCUCGGAGGUUUCUUCUAUCGGUUGGGGUUUUGUCUCGCCAAUCGCCUUCCCACGCCGCAAUCAAUUGGGGUCUCCCAAGAUGCAUGCAACUGUGACAGAAACCGAGCAGCCCAAGUGGUGGGAAAAAAAUGCAGGACCCAACAUGAUUGAUAUUCACUCCACCCAAGAAUUUUUGAAUGCCUUGAGUGAGGCUGGAGAUAGGCUGGUUAUUGUCGAGUUCUAUGGGACUUGGUGUGCUUCUUGCCGAGCAUUAUUUCCCAAACUUUGCAGAACAGCACAAGAACAUCCUGAUAUCCUUUUUUUGAAAGUCAAUUUUGAUGAAAACAAGCCAAUGUGCAAGAGCUUGAACGUCAAGGUUCUUCCGUUUUUCCACUUCUAUCGUGGGGCAGAUGGACAGCUCGAGGCCUUCUCUUGUUCACUUGCCAAAUUUCAGAAAAUUAAGGAUGCAAUCGAACUGCAUAACACGGCACGUUGUAGCAUUGGCCCACCUACAGGCAUUGGGGAUCUAAACCUGGAAGGAUCUUCUUCACAACCAAAAGAAAACCAGCAGAAAAAUCUCGAGAAUGGCCCUUCCCUUUAG